AUACAAUAUAAUUUGAUUUUUAUACUUUACAAUGUUGAGAAGAUUAAUUUUAUCUAGAAAUAAUACUUUUAUUAAUUGUCGUUAUGCUUCUCAGUCCAUGGUUCAAACUACGGUUGACGAAAAAUCAGGCAUAGCCACAGUGACAAUGAAUAAAUCCCCUGUCAAUAGUUUAAAUCUUGAGUUUCUAGAUGAAAUUAAAACUGAACUUAAUAAAUUAGAAAAAGAUAAAGUUAAAGGAAUGAUGUUAACAUCAGGUUUACAAAAAAUAUUUUCAGCAGGAUUAGAUAUAACAGAAUUUUAUAAUCCAAAUCCUGAUAGAUUAUCAAAAUUUUGGUCUACUUUACAAGAUACAUGGCUCACUCUCUAUAAGACUCCAUUUCCUACUGCAGCUAUUAUAAAUGGUCAUAGCCCAGCAGGGGGAUGUUUGUUCGCCAUGAGUUGCGAUUAUAGAAUUAUGGUUGGACCAAAAUAUACUAUUGGGCUUAAUGAGACUAAAUUAGGAAUUGUUGCUCCUAAAUGGUUUAUAGAUACUAUGGUUGCAGUUAUUGGUCAAAGAAAAGCUGAAAUAUCAUUAACCACUGGAAAAAUGUAUACGACUGAUGAAGCAUUACAUAUUGGUUUAAUUGAUGAAAGUGUUCCAGAUGUAAAUACAGCUUUAACUCAAGGAAAUCUAUUUUUAAAUAAUUUUCAAAGGAUAUCUCCUUGGGCGUAUAAAAUGACUAAAGAUAUUACUCGCCAAUCAACUGUUCAAUGGUUGAUUGAUAAUAAACAAAAAGAUCUUGAUUUUGUUGUAACAUAUCUGCAAUCAGCAGAAGUUCAGAAAAGCCUAGGGCUUUAUUUACAAUCCCUCAAAAAAUAAACUAUAACUUUAUA